AUGGACCCCGCCUCGUAUGAGGCCGUGGCGGACACGCUCAGCCAGUCGGCGCGGGAUCGCAUCCAGCACCAGCGGGGCCUCCUCUCAGGCGAUCCGCACCUGGUGUCGCGGGCAGCGCAGAAGGAAAGUGACGUGCUCACGGAUCGGCUUGGCAAGGUUGGCGCUGAGCUCGAGAAGCUCCAGCAGCAGCAGAAGGAGGCUGCCGCGCGCGGGGCCGCGGCCCUUGCGCAAGUGGGCGGCGCGGCCGCCGCCGCGCCUGGCACGCCGCCUGGCCAGUGCGACGGGCUGCUCCAGCAGGCGCGGCUGCUUGGCGACGCCGAGCUCGGGGCCAAGCUCACGGCGGUGGCGGCGCAGCUGGCAACCGCCCAGCAGGAGCUGCAGGCGAAGGCCGCGCAAGCCCAGCACCCCACCCUGUUGCGCCUGCUGGCACCGCCCCGUCAGGCGGUGCCCAGCCUGGCGCCGCCAGCGCGGGCCUCCCUUCGGGAUGCGGCCUCGCGGCGGCAGGGGCAGCCGGUGCAGGGCAGGCUGCGCCGCCUCCUGCAGCUCCUGUGGGUGGCGCUGACCCUGAUGAUCGGCGACGAAGAUGACAUGGAUCUCGACGAGGGCGCCAAGCGGGCCAUCAAGCAGCGAGCCAUCGAGCUGUUCGGCCAGGCGCUCAAGAAGCUGCGCACCACUCAGUACGAGCACAAGGUGCCGCAGCGUCAGCGUGACGCGCAGGAGCAGGCGCUGCGCAAGACAGGCUGGAAGGCAGCCAUCAACCCCGCCGUCCGCGCUGGUGCCGCUGAUGGCGCCUCUGACAGCCUGGCGGGCUUGUCUGGUGGCACUUUGAUUGCCACGCCUGUUCGUUAUGGGCUCAGCCAGCUGGAGGGCCUCCCGCACUGCGUGUGCCCAGCCAGGGCUUCACUGCUGCAUCUAAGCCACGGUCCGAAAGGUGGCUUGCUUGUUGGCACCAUGUACCUGCACGGCUCUGAAGACCUCAGUGAGAGGAAUAGGCACAUCCUCUGCGCCAUGGGCCAGGCCGUCAAGAGUGCAGGGCUUCCUUUCAUCCUCAGUGCGGACUGGCAAGUCGCGCCCGAGGAGCUCACGGAGAGUGGCUGGGUGGCAGGCAUUGGUGGCGUCGUGGUAGCCCCCAAGGUGGGCACGGUCAGGCCGUCGGAGCGCGUCAUCGACUACUUCGUGAUGUCGCCCUUCCUAGCCGCAGGAGCGCAGCUGACCGUUCUGGAGCACAUCGCGAUCAGUCCGCGUCGUGCAGUUCAGGUUCGGCUUCAG